GAGAGAGCUCUCUAAAGCCUCCAUUGUUCUCUCUCUCUCUUCUCUUUCUUCCCACCCUCACGUGAGUGGUGACUGGAUCUGAGCUCCUGAGAUCGGAUCAAUCCUACUCUCUUAUGUUCUUGCCCUAAUCUUUACCAGCUACAGCGAAACUUCUGAGACUGUUUAAGCUUUCACGAUCGAUCUUAUCACGAAUUGGGUUGAAAUCAAGGGAUCAUUUUGAGGUUGCAGAACGCCCAUGGAAGUUGGAACUCGAGAUUCAGCUCAGCCUGUAUCGACGGCUGAGGAAGAGUUUCUGAAAAGAAAUACGGAUUGCGUUUAUUUCCUCGCGUCUCCUUUGACUUGCAAAAAGGGAAGUGAAUGUGAAUAUCGUCAUAGUGAAGCUGCCAGGAUUAACCCCAGGGAUUGCUGGUUCUGGAUGAAUGGCAACUGCUUGAAUCCAAAAUGUGCAUUCCGGCACCCGCCGCUCGAUGGCUUGAUAGGAACCCCAGGAACACCUUCAGUGGGAUUGUCUGUACCACCUUCACAAAGUGUAGCAUCUCCGAAAAUGCCUCCAGGCCAAACUCCAGCUUAUAGCUCGGGAAAACCAGCUGUUCCCUGCUAUUACUUCCAGAAGGGGCUUUGUUUAAAGGGUGACAGAUGUGCCUUCGUGCAUGGAUCACAACCCCUCAGUAAUCCACUUCCACAGCAUCAGGAAAUAAAAGCUGCUACCACUGUUUCUGAGCCCCUGAAUCCAAAGAAGACUUAUGGGGGCCUUGAAAGGUGUAAUCAACAACAGACUACACAAGAGAACAUCAGAAAGUCCAUUGAAGUUCGCCCUCCACCAAAACCAGCUAUGAAACCUGAAACGUCUCCACCAAAAAACAGCAUAGUUAAAAGAAAUAUACUGCCACCCACCAUAUUGGAUGACGAGCGUCCAAAAUACAUGUCGACAAAUGCUCCUCCUAAUGCCAGUGGGAACUCUGUGCCAAGGCCCCAGCUUAGUCGCCAGGCUCAGGCAUUUGAUGACCGUUUUUUCCAAGAUGGUAAAGAGGCUGAUGAGUUCUUAAGGGAAUCCUCUCCUGGAUUUGAUGUUCUUGUUGAUGAUGAACUCAGGGAUUCUGAUUACUAUCAUGCAGAAGAUGAGUUCAGAAGAACAGCUAGCCAUGAGGGAAGGCGUUUGAACUCUGUGAAUGAUUUUGAUUAUGAUCGUUCAGUUGAUUAUGCUCCAGUUACUAAAUAUGACCAAGAACCAUAUGAUGAUCCACGUGGCUAUGAUUCAUAUGGGCAAGUGCAAGAUCAGUAUGCUUGGGAACAGCGAAGGGCUUCAUCUGAGUGGACGGAAAGGCCAACUAUGCCAGAAAAGAGAGGCUUCUCUAGAGUUGAGAACCUUGAUCAGAUUGAUGAAUCAGAUCUGCGCCAACGGUUAUCCAAGCAGAGGAGGGUCAAUGGUUUGAGGUCCGCAGUUAGCCCUGACCGUCAUGGUGAUGUCCAUCGGAGGGAUGACCGUGAUCGCCAUAGUCGGGACCAAAGAAACCGGGGUCGUUCUUCGAGAGAUUCACGCCAUAUACCUCAUGAGAGUUCCAGAAGCAAUAGGCUGCACGGUCGACUCACACUUCCUGGGAGAUCUUCACCAGACAGAAAUCAGAAUGAUUCACGUCUAGAGAGGGAAAUAGAUAGGGGAAUGAACCGCAGUAGAUUGUCACCAGGCAGGCCUCCAAUUUCCUCCCACCAGGGCAGGCAAGAAGGAAGAAUAAAACGGCCAGGCCAGGAUGACUUCAGAGAGGCCAGAAAUAUUAGAGGCGGCCCUAACAGAAGAGAUGAGGUGGAUAGUAACACUUCAUAUUUUGCUGGUCCAAAGAGCCUUGCUGAGUUAAAAAGUUCGAAGGUCUCAGAGAGCACUGAGGCUCGGCAUGCAAAGGUUCGACAAGGGUCACAGCUAAAGGAACAGAAAAACUUAAAACUUGGACAACUAAUGGGUCAUCAAGAUUCUGAUGGUUCACUUCCUUUUGAGGGCCCAAAGCCCCUGAGUGAGAUUUUGAAGAGAAAGAGAGAAGCAGAAACAUCAUAUUCUGGGAAUAGCACAGGUUCACAAAAUGGACAGCUGGAUAGCCCAAAGGAGAGUGGUGAAAUCAUUACAGGCAGCUCCAGGAUGUCAGCAGAGAGAGAGACUGUUCAGACCUCAGAGCCUGAGAAAGAAACCAAUCAUCAGACUCACAGUAGGAAGGAAGAUGCUGAUCCAGAUAUAGCCGCUGAAGACAAUGAAGAAGGUCAGAUCACUACCGAAGGUGAUGAUGUGGUUCAUGAAGUUGAAUCUUCGGAUGCUCAAAAGGGGACUGAGCUUGAAACUGAAGAUGGAAUGAUGGUUGAUGAUGCAAUGGAAGAUCAAGAAGAUCAAGAGCUUGAAAACUUUGAUCACAAGGAUGGAGAGUAUGAUUAUGAGCAGGCUGAUGGUGGGGAUGAUGAUAAUGUGGACCCAGAAGAGUACUUGGAUGAUGAAGAUGGGGAUGAUUUUGCAAAGAAGAUUGGGGUCAUGUUCUCUUAAGAGAUAUGGAGAGAAGGCAAAAGGGGGUGUGGGGUGGGGAGACUUAUUUUUAGUGUUUUCAGAGAAUUUAGGACUUCUGUUUCAAUUUGAAAAGAAUAGAAUAGCUCUUCGAUGUGAGCCAAUUUAGUAUUGCAGCUGUGGUUUUCUGCAGAACAGUAAGGAAACCUUGUUGUAUUAAUCAAAGCCUGCUUCUUUGUAUUUAACCUUUAAGCUAAUUCAAAUUUCUUUCUUUGGA